UGGUAUGAAUUUGGCCGUGCAUGCAAACGCAAGGUGGGAGUUAUGGCUUCGGUUUACUGUUAUAUAUGCAUUUCUUCCAAUGGAUGUUUGUAUAGUGUGAGAAGAAGGUGCAGGAUUGAAUGUGCAAAUGCGAUCAUGUUUUCCUCGAUCGGAGGAGUUGACUCACCCACUCACCUUCGCAUUCCACAAAUUUCUCACAUCCCUUUUUCAAUUUGAGGCGAACACGUGGUUUCAUUUGCGAAGAUUGGAUGCAUGCAUUCGAGCUAUUACUUUUGGUGAUGCAUUGGGAAGAUCACGCCACCCGAUUUGGGGAUGCGAAUUUGGGGUCUCCUGCCGGGAGGGUAACGAUAUGUGAUCUGUAAAAGCUCGAAUUCUUUCGGUGAAUGGGAUUAAUCAAGGCAUUUCUGAAUGGUGAAUUUCGUUUAGGAGGAAAUCCUACACUUUACGUAGCGUUUGAUGGGGAAUUCAUGUCAAGGCCCUAAGGCGGGGAGCAAUGGCUUCUUUCAGUCCGUGACCGCCGCUGUCUUUAGACCUCGACAGCCAGAGGCCCUCCCGGCGCCAAACCAAGACCAAGACGCCACCAUCAACAACAGAAAUAUCAACGAUGUGCAAUGUGCUCCACCAAAGGUCAAAAUUUCGAGUGAUGAGGAGAAGCCUGUGAAAGCAGACAACAACAAGCCAACAGAAGAGGCAAAGCAGAAUAACCCCAAUAAUUUCAAGAGAGUAGCAAGUGCAGGACUGCAAAUCGACUCUGUUCUACAGAGGAAGACUGAAAAUUUGAAGGAAAAGUAUAUCGUAGGGAAGAAGUUAGGUCAAGGGCAAUUUGGAACUACAUUCUUAUGUUUAGACAAAGCCACCAACAUGGAGUUUGCAUGCAAAACAAUUGCUAAGAGGAAGCUGACAACUUUCGAGGAUGUCGAAGAUGUGAGGAGAGAAAUUCAGAUAAUGCACCACCUGGCAGAGCAUCCCAAUGUUAUAUCCAUUGUGGGAGCUUAUGAAGAUGUGGUCGCAGUUUAUGUUGUGAUGGAAAUUUGUGCAGGUGGAGAGCUUUUUGAUAGGAUCGUUCAGAGGGGUCAUUACACUGAAAGAAAGGCCGCUGAGCUUGCUAGGGUAAUAGUUGGUGUUGUAGAAGCCUGCCAUUCCCUUGGAGUCAUGCAUAGGGACUUGAAACCAGAAAAUUUUCUGUUUGUUGAUGAAAGAGAGGAAUCACCACUGAAAGCCAUUGAUUUUGGGCUCUCAGUUUUUUUCUCACCAGGAGAAACAUUUAUUGAUGUGGUCGGAAGCCCUUAUUAUGUGGCCCCGGAGGUAUUGAAGAAGCAUUAUGGCCAAGAAUGUGAUAUCUGGAGUGCUGGAAUUAUCAUUUACAUUUUGCUGUGUGGAGUCCCGCCAUUUUGGGCUGAAACGGAACAGGGAAUUUUUGAGCAAAUUUUAAGAGGGGACCUCGACUUAGUUUCUGAACCUUGGCCGAGUAUAUCAGAGGGUGCGAAAGACCUUGUCCGAAAAAUGCUUGUGAGAGACCCUAAAAAGCGUCUGACAGCCCAUCAAGUUCUUUGCCAUCCGUGGGUGCAAGUUGAUGGUGUCGCUCCAGAUAGACCGCUUGAUUCUGCUGUUCUGACUCGACUGAAGCAAUUUUCUGCCAUGAACAAACUCAAGAAGAUUGCAAUCAGAGUCAUUGCUGAAAGACUUUCUGAAGAGGAAAUUGCUGGUCUAAGGGAAAUGUUCAAAAUGAUUGAUGUGGAUAACAGUGGACAUAUUACCUUGGAAGAACUGAAAAGAGGUCUAGAAAGAGUUGGUGCCAACAUCAAAGAUUCUGACAUAGAGGACCUAAUGCAAGCUGCGGAUGUAGACAAUAGCGGAACCAUAGAUUAUGCAGAGUUCGUGGCAGCCAUGCUGCAUCUAAACAAAAUCCAGAGAGAGGAUCAUCUAUUUGCUGCUUUUUCAUACUUUGACAAAGACGGCAGCGGGUACAUCACAAAGGAUGAGCUUCAACAGGCUUGCGAACAAUUUGGUCUCGGGGACGCCCACCUUGAUGAAAUAAUCAGCGAAGUCGACAAAGACAAUGAUGGACGGAUCGAUUACAGCGAAUUCGUCGACAUGAUGCAAGACUCCGGUUUCAACAACGUAUUUCAGAACAGCAUAGGCAAGGGACUAAAGGUUGCUGUGUAGGAUCGAAGCUUGUGUAUGUACGUACGCACGUUUCAUGCAUCAAUUACUGUAGUAGAAAUUUUG